AUGACAACAUCCAGGUUCCUACAUCCACUAAGCCCAGCGGGAUCCUCUCAAAGACCGUUCGGCCACCCCCCUCCAAAUGCGCGCGAAUCGCACAAACACGAGCCAUGCAAAGUCAACAUCACGACUCAAGACAUCACUGAACUCAGGACUCUAGUCCAGCAAGCCAGGCUAGGUCCCGUGACCUUUGAGAAUUCUUCUCGGUCUGAUAUCAAUACCGUAUUCGGAAUGACACGUUCGUGGUUGAGCAAGGCGAUUGAGGCGUGGGGUUCGGAUGAUGUCUUCGAUUGCGUCCCCAAUUUCUCGGCUCAGGUUGAUCACGAUGACCAUUCAUACAGUAUUCACUACAUGGCUCUCUUCUCAAAACGGCCAGAUGCAUUACCCUUGAUAUGUCUCCAUGGCUGGCCAGGAUGCUUCCUGGAAUACCUGCCAAUGGCAAAACUGCUGCAGUCAAAAUACACACCUGAGAGCUUACCAUACCAUUUUAUCGUGCCAUCCCUACCAGGGUAUACUUUCUCCUCUGGUCCCCCAAUCAGCAAACAAGAUUUUUCGACUUAUGAUGUGAGCUGCAUAUUCCGUAAUAUGUUUGCUCAAUUAGGUUUUGAUGCGACAGGCUACGUAGUAUCUGGCGGGGACAUCGGAAGCCGAGUUGCACGCGCUCUUGCAGUUGACGAUGAGUCCUGUGUUGGCAUCCAUCUCAAUUUCUGUUUCGACUUGCCCAUGCAUACCUUCCCACGACAGAAUCUGAGUAUCGAUGACAUCCAUCGCUUGGAUAAGCUCGAUACCUUUAUCAGCACCGGAGCUGGCUACGCGCAAAUGCACGCCACACGCGCAGCGACCAUUGGCUUAGUCCUAAGCAGCAGUCCCGUGGCUCUCCUGGCCUGGAUAGCAGAGAAGUUCGGCACAUGGACCGAUAAGAAUACGACACCGGACACAAACACAAUCCUCACAUUUGUGACCCUCUACUGGCUUACGGACACGUUUCCUCGGAGCAUCUAUCCGUAUCGUACGGAUUUCGCCCCAAGGGAGGAUGUGCCUGCUCAUGGAGAUUCGGUGCGUUGGCGAAUUCCUGAUGGGAAACUGUUCGGUUUCUCGCAUUUCCCGCAUGAGAUUCUGCCUGUUCCAAGGGCGUGGGUUGAGAGGACGGGGAGCUUGACGUUUUGGAGGGAGCAUGAUGCUGGUGGGCAUUUUGCUGCUUUGGAAGUUGCUCAGAGUUUGUUGAGGGAUCUAGAGGUUUUUAUAGAGGAGGUUAAGCAGAAUACUUUCUCUAAGUAG